UGACGCAGAAUUUUGAUUGCCUUUUUUGUUUUUCGAAAUCCAUUUCUGACACAGAAUAACUGUUAGCCAUUGACACAGAACUUGUUAAUUGCUCCUACAUUUAUACAUAUUUGCGUCAACUACUUCGUGCGUGAAACUGGAUAGUUCAUUCUAUGUUUUCCAACAGACAAGUAUUAUUUUGAAAUUGUGUUAUGCUUUGUAUUGAUACAUGAUUAAUUAAGAUGUUCUUCGGGAACUGUAUGUGGAUAUUUGGUUUUUUAUUGUGUGGAUCUGUUCAAGCUGCUACAAAUACCUAUGACGACGAGGUGUUGGGAAGGAAUGAGAGCAGAUCGCGGGUUUUGUCUAGAAGUAAAAGAUACUUAGUGUUUCCAACGGGCAGCUCUCUUCAAUUAGUUUUCUGUGUUCAAACAUCAGCUCUGAUAACUAUAGGGGAUAUUUUUCUGUAUGGUAAUACUGCUGCUUUGGCAUGGAAUUUGCCAACCGAUCCAAAGCUACUCCUUAUGCUGAAGGAUCACGAGAAAUAUUCUAAUCGGAGAUUUGAUGAGAAAACUAUGUACUAUGUGGAUGAUAAAGGAAAGAUAGCAGCCAAAGUCCCCUAUGUAAGGCGUCCUAUAGUUAAUCCAGCUUUUGCAAAACGAAGCAUAGAUGAGAAGCUGAGCUUCAAAAAGAAACUCAAAGGAAAAUUAGAUAGGAUGAAAAUGCACGAGAAACAGGCCGAGAGAGAUUAUUUAAAAAAACAUCACUUGGACGAAGACAGUAUUGAAUUCCACAGAUAUAGUAGAAUUGAUCUCUAUAAGAAAUUAGCACCUCUUAUAACAGCUCUGGGGGGCGACGGUCCUCGGUGCGUUCUUUACAAACUAUGCGAGUCGGCGAAGAUUUCGAAACAGGGUACAUUCUUGCAGGAGAUGCUACGCGUUGUCUUUACGUUACCAAAGGGCAACUCAGGAGGCGGACACUACGACAAGGCCCAUUCAUCUCAAGACGACUGCCGCUCAUUAUACCCUACGUGUUAUAGCGAUGGUUACAGUUAGUCGUUACAGUUCAAGAAUUUUUUUUUAUGUAUACUCGU